UCGAUUGAUUUUAUAGUUUUUUAAAUCGAUCCUUCUUAUUUUUCCUGAAACAAUUUAAAACUGUGAAUGUGAUGCUAUUUUAGUGAAAUUUUUUGUUUCAAAUUACAAUCAGCUUAAAUAAUAAUUCAAAAGAAAUGAAGAGUGUUAUUCUGGUCAACGAUAAUUCUAAUCGAAAAUCAUCACAUUUGGAUCUUGAUACUGAUCAUCAUCAUCAUAAUCGACAAUGGUCAUCAGUUAAUCAAUCAAUGGCUGAACCAUUUUCUCAUCAAGGAUUAUCAUCUUCAAUUCAGCAAAAUCGUCAUCUUAAUCUUACAAAUGAUAAUAAUUGUACAUAUCAUCAUCAUAAUAAUCAUCAUGCUUAUCAUCAUUCAAUAACCAAUACUGAACAAAAAUCAAACAAUAAUCAUGAUGAUCAUCAUAUAGAAGGUUCAAUACUUCGAUUUAUAAAUCCACCAUCAACAUCGGCCAGUUAUAAUUUAAUUAAAUCAGACAAUCAACAAAUUAAUAAUCAUCGAUCAUAUCCGAAUUUAUCAACAGCCAUCAAACAGCAACAGAUCAAUGGAAGAUUAGAUCUUUCAUUUACUAAAUGUCGAUUUCCAAAUGAUUACCUUCCUUAUGCUUCGAAUGCAAAUAAUGUUGAAGAACUUAUGAAAAAACGUUCCAACUCUAUCGAUGUGAUUGGAUCUUUUACUAAAGAUGAACAUGAUCGUUUUGUCAUGAAUGAUUCGUUAGGCGAAUCAACAUCCAUGACAAAAACAAAACAUCUGGAUCCAUCCGUACUACAACCACGAUUAGAAUCAACAUUUUCAAUGACUAGCUCAUCAUCUUCAUCAACUUGUACAUCAACUAUGUUCGAUACUGACCAUGACCAUAAUGGCCAACAAAACAAUGACCAUAGACGUCGAACAUUUAUCUGGACAUAUCCAUUUAUCGGUAACGGUCAUUAUCGUCCUCCAUGGUCAUGUGGUCAUACACAUGGUAGUCAUUCAUCAAAAUCUUAUGGUCUCAUUCGUUCUUGUGGAUGUUGUUUAUUGAUUAUGUUGGUAGCAAUCAUUUUAUUAUCAUUAUCCAUCGUUUUGGGAUUCUCACUUUAUUUGGCUAUUGUGACAAAUUUUUUGACUGAACAAACAUUUGUCUAUGGUAUAAGUGGAAAUUUUCGUAUUGUUUCCGGUGAUUCUUUUACUAUUCGAUUGUUGAAUCAAACAUCAUCAGAAUUUCGUAACAAAGCUACGCGCUAUGAACGAAUCAUUGAACAUAUAUUACGCCAUAGUUUGUUGGCUGAUUCUUUGCUAUAUACGGAAAUCUAUACUUUUCGUCAGGGUAGUUUGCUUGUAUUUUUUCGUUUCUAUUCACAAAAACUACCACUUGAUCAUGCUUUAGCAAUUCAAAAAUCGAAAACAGUUAUUAAUUUUGGUACCAUUGAAAAUGUAUUACUCGAUGAUCAAGUCAUUAUAGCUAGAGUCAGACAAGUAUUAUCACAUUCAUUUCAACAGCAAUGGUCAAAUGCAACCAAUAAUAAUUCACUAAAAUUAGACAUCGAAUCAAUCAAACUGUCUACUUUUGAACGUUUGACUGAACCUCAAUAUCGACAGCGAUUGAAACGUAGAUUAGAAAAUCUAAUCAACUUGGAACCUGAUUCAAUCAAUAGAAUGGAUAAUCAGCUUCAUAUACCAGAACAUCUUGAUUCGAAUGAUAAGAUCAUAACCACCACCACCACCACCGUCGCCACCACUACUGCCAAUAAGAUUGUGGAAAAUUUAACAAUCACACCGAUUAUCAAUAUCGAGAUCUCAACAACAUCGAAACCGAUUCCAGAAACGAUAAAUGAAUCGAGCUCAAAUAAAACAUCAUCAAUUUCACAAGUUUCAAUUGAAAAAAUUUUGCCAACAACAAAUAAACCUUGGAUCGUCAUGACUGAUAAUAAAAUCAUCAUUAAUACUAAUAAUGUCAACAAUAAUGUUACGAAACCGACAACAGUUAUGCAAUCAUCAACAAUGUCUGAAUUAGAAAAUCCUAUAGAACAGAACAAUAUUUCUAGUCAAUUGACCACUAACCCAACGAUCACAACAAUUUCUCCAAAUGAUGAUUCGAUAUCAGCAAUGGACAACACGACUAUAUCAUUUCAAGACAUGACUACUUUGAAUGCUGAUACAAUUCAAGAUAAACCAAUUGAAUCUAGAGAAGAACCAAGUGAUUUUGAUUCCAAUAUUCAAACACAAUCAACAUUGAACCAAUGGAAUUCUUCGCUACAAAAUAAUACAAUCGAUGGAUUUAUUAUCGACAAUAAUCCGACCAUUGCUGCUUUUGAUUCUAAAGUCGACACUAGCAAGAAUUUAACGGAUAAGAUUCUGAUCGUAUCGAAUGAUUCAUUUGAUCUGUAUUCAUUGGGUCAUACUAAUCAUACCGUUUCAUCAAUUCUUGAUUCUGUCAAUGAAGAUUAUGAAGAUGAUGAUGAUUUAGAAGAUGAAUUCAAAUUAAAACCAGUGUCAAACAAUGAUGAACAAAUAUUUACAACCGAACCAACAAAUUCAAGUAUUAUCAAUUCGAAUGAAACUGAUGAUGUUGCAGCUUUGAUUAUUAUUGAAAAUGAAUUUACUCAAUCCAUAUCGACAACGCCGAUACCGACCGAAUUGCCAGCGACUGAAAAGUCUAUGUUUAAAUCAACGAUUCCUGUGUUAGCAUAUGGAACGCGAAUUUCAAAGAAGCUGAUCAACCACAAAAAACAUAAUCAAUCUAGUCACGAGGGCAAUGCUCUUCAUGGCUCUUUCUACUACUACAAUUCUAUUGAUAAAGGUGAUCAUUUUUCAUUUCGGUCAAUCUGA